AAAAGCACCGCCAUUUCAACGCCCACGACCACCCUUACCGCCCCAAGGGCAAGCUCCCCGUGCAGGUCCACUACGAGGACGCCAUCGACCCCCCCAGCCACAGAUUCGAGCCCGACUUCGCCCCGCCCUCCCGACCAUCGUCCAUAGCGGGCACGGACGAUGAGGACGACGACGAGGACUACGACUGGAGCGGCGAGGAGGACCUCGUCGACGAGGAGGCAAAGUUCGAGCAGGCGAUGGGGGUCAAGAAGAAAGAGCGCAAGUUCGGGUUCAUCAAGCUCGUCACGCUUCUCUUCUCCACCCUCAUCGGGUCGACCUUACUCUCCGGCCUCAUCAUCACCCCAGCGCUCCUCCUCCACUUCUUCUGGUACAAGCCCCAUCCGACCGACCACCGCAAGUUCGUCAAGGACAACGUCGAGGCAUGGCUCUUCUGGGCCGCCGCCAACCUCUCCAUCUCCUGGGGCCUCGCGCUCAUCGUCGACAUCGUCCCCGCCGUCGUCCGCAUCCUCAUCUCCAUCGUCUGGGGCCACGUUAGCGAGGUCAUCAAGUCCCGUCUCGAGCUCUACGCCAGCGUCAAAGGGCCGAUCAAGCCAGUCUUGUACGCCGCCAGCGGCUGGGUCAGCUGGGUCAUCUUGUUCAGCGGCAUCUACAAGCUGUACGACGCCGACCACGAAAGCGACAGCAGGGCGUCCUACACGCCACGGGUCUACGAAGUGAUCGAGUUCCUGUUCUUCUUCACACUAGUGAUCUGCGCGCAGAAGAUGCUCUCGCACUUCAUCGCGUUCUCCUUCCACCGCACCGCGUACAAGGAGCGUCUCGAGGAGGUCGGCGACGCCCUCCGCGUGAUCGAGAAGCUGCGCGUAUACCGCCCCAAGCGUCGCCACGCCGCGAAGUCGUCCUUCGGCCGCUCGACGCCCGUCUUCUCCGCGCUCCUCACGCCCUCGCACGAGCGCGACCGCUUCCUCAACCUGAACCCGAACCCGAACGGCGGCUCGCGGCCGAGCACCCCAGGCGGCUCCCGCGCGCCCUCGCGCGCGGGCACCCCCGAGCCAGGCCACGCGAGCGACAACGACGACGACCGCGAGGCGACGCUCGUGGGCAAGAAGGGCAAGCAGCGCACGUCGUGGUUCGUGCACCCGCGCAGCCAGUCCGAGCCGCAGCCGCAGCCGCGGCGGCAGAGCAGCGAGGAGAGCGGCGGGGAGCGGUCCGAUCAGCGGUUGCACAACAUCGAGACGCAGCAGCAGCACCGCUACCCGCCCUCGCCGCUCGCUCACAGCCCGGUGCACGCGGGGGGCUCGCCCGCGCGGGCGCGCAAGGGGCACGCGCACGGGGACGGCGAGCGCGAGAGCGAGGACGACGCGGACGCGGCGGCGAUGGUGCAGCACGCGGCGACGCACGCGGCGAAGGCGCUCAAGACGGCGAUCCUGCACGACGCGCGGAACAUCCAGGGGCGGGACGACGCGGAGCUGGGCGGGCUCGUGUGGAACGUGACGUCGUCGCACGAGGCGAAGCGGCUCGCGCGGGCGAUCUACACCGCGUUCCGCGCGCCGGGGCGGAACUACCUGAUCCCGCGGGACUUCUACCCGGCGUUCGCCGCGGCGGCGGAGGCGGAGCGCGCGUUCAAGGUGUUCGACAAGGACGGGAACGGGGACAUCUCGCGCGCGGAGAUCAAGACGACGCUGCUGAAGGUGUACAAGGAGCGGCGGUUCCUGAGCCGGAGCAUGCGCGACGUGGGGCAGGCGCUGCGCACUCUGGACAACAUGCUGCUGUUCCUGGCGCUGCUCGUGCUGUUCUUUAUCUCGCUGAGCGUGUUCGGGGUCAAGAUCGAGAACUCGCUGACGAGCCUGUACACGAUCGGCAUCGGCGCGAGCUUCAUCUUCAAGAACUCGGCGAGCAACGCGUUCGACGCGAUCAUGUUCCUGUUCGUCACGCACCCGUACGACACUGGCGACCGCUGCUUCAUUGAUGAUGAGAACCUCGUUGUCAAGAAGAUGGGACUGUUCGCUACGAUCUUUACGCGCUCGGACGGCACGGAGACGUACUACUUCAACAGCCAGUUGUUCAACAAGUUUAUUACGAAUGUCCGACGCAGCGAUAAAACCGCCGAGAACCUGACCAUGAAGAUCGCGUGGAAGACGCCGAUCGAGAAGCUCGACCAGCUCGAGAAAUGCCUGAACACGUGGCUGCAGACGGAGGAGAACCGCUGGUUCCAGCCGAGCACGUCCAUCACCCUCCAGCACAUCCACUUCCAGCAAUACCUCGAGUGCACGAUCGGCAUCCCGUACAACAGCAACUGGCAGGACUGGGGCCUCCACAACGCGCGCAAGACGGCGUUCCACGCCGCGGUGAACUACUACUGCCGCCAGCUCGGCAUCGUCGCGUACGAGCCCGCGCUCCCGCUCGCGUACGCGAACGCGGACACGCUCGAGAUCGCCGUCGGGCCCGAGGCGACGUCCGCGGAACAGGACGAGGACGGCGAGCUCGCGGAGGGGGACCCUCCGGCGUCCCCGGCCGACCCCGCGGACAAGAAGGUGGCGGUGCUCGGCUUCACGCCGCCGAGGGAGGACGGCAUCCCGAGCGGGAUGCGGCGGCGGAGGGCGAAGAGCAGGAAGGCGAUGUUCCGCACUUUUGGCGGUGCGGACGGCUUUUGAGAUGAGGCUGCUCUCGCGUUUGCGGUUAUGCGCUGCGCUUUGCCUCGCUGGCGGUGGCGGCUUGCUAGAAUCUGCUUGUGAAAAUGAUCUUACCUAUCGGUCUUUCGUAGCAUAGCUGUGGAGGGUUGAGGCAGCGAGGCGCUUCGGUCCUCAUGUCCUCAUGCGUGUUGUUGGUUGUUGUGCUUCGUCAAGUAGAUAGGGGGCUUCUCUUUUGCUCACUUAGACUUGGUAGUUGUUGUUGUGUUCGUGGCGGUCGAACUGAACGAAGGCCUGGACACGGCUCUACAUGUGCAUUGCACACGACACGCAUAUAGUUGUAACUUUGCAUCGCAUACCUCACAUAGCAUGGAUUACGCGCUUCCGCGGCAAUUGCAUACCUACGGGACA